AUGAAUACAGAAACUCAAUCUGAAAAGUAGGACUAAAGAAGAUCAAAGAGAGAGAGAUAUGUUGGGGAAGCUUUGAAUGCAGUCUAAAAAUGGAGGGAUUUGUUUGAAAAUGGCUAUUAUGAUGAGGUUGGUAAUUACUUGAAGCCAACUUUGAAAGAAGCAGCUGAUCUUGUAGGACUUCCUAAAAGAUCUCUAGAAUAAUAUUAUAGUGUAUUUAGGUAAUACUUUCAUUUUGAAUCUAGGAAAAUUCCAUAAUCCAUCGAUAUAAUGAGGUUUCUCGAUAAAAAGAUGGGCUAUCUCAAUUAGUUCAUAAAAGAAUUGAAAAAUGAAUCAGCCAUAACUUAAGAAUAAGAAAAAGAAGAAUAAUAAGAAUAGAGCUCUUGGGAUAAUAUGAUAAUAGAAGCAGAUGACUAAUUAGCAGUUCAAAGGGAAAUAGAUGAUGAACCUGAACUUUAAUAAAUUCUCCAAUAUUAAUAGUACUAUGAAAAUGAAGAUGAUUAUAUUAAAAAUUUGUAAUUAGAAGAAGAUUAAAUAUAUUGUUCGGAAUACUAUUUUUAUGAUGAAAAUGACGAUUAUUUUAUGAGAGAUGACUUUAACAAUCCUGCUUUACCAGAUUGA